UUCUUUGUUUUUGAAUAAAAACUUUCUCAAUUUCUUUCAACAAAGAAAUUAAGAAAGUAUUAAAAUAAAUUUCAGAAAUGGAAGCAUCAAAGAUAAACCAAUUCUUUGUUGCAAUGGUAGUGGUCAUGAUGAUGGCAGCAUCAAAUGUUUCAGCUCAAGAAGCACCAGCUCCAAGUCCUACAUCUGAUGCUACAACCCUCUUUGUGCCAACAAUAAUGGCUUCCUUUGUUGCUCUUGUUUUUGGAUUUGUUUUCUAAAUUUAUGAGCAAUAUGAUUGCAAUUCUUUAGAGGAUUUGUUUAUAUUAUUGUUGUGGAUUAAAUUAUGAUUCAUAUUAUUAUGUAAUACAUUGAUUUCUAAUUUA